AUGGACCCAGCGAAGCUUCCAGUUCAUGCCCUCAACGAUCACCACCGCCAUCUCCUAAUCCGAGCCAUUUCACAUGUUCUCAUGGUGAGCUUCCAGAUGGCCAUCCCUUGCGCGAAAAACAUCGCCAACUUUGUCCUGGACACGGUACGCCAGUUUCGCGACUCAUUCCAACCCGAAACCUUAGAAAUUGACGCGGAACUUCUGCAUUCCUAUCAAACUUCGCCGCCCGGCUCUCGAGCCUUUAAGACUCGCCUGGUAGAGCUUGUUGCUAUCCUACUACACCAAGCAGCCGUAAUGCUCUUCAAGCUCGACACAAGUCUUCACAAACACGAUGGCAUCACUGAGUGGGCGCCUCCAAAGGACGAUGACCUAUACUGGCGUUUCUACCCAAAAGGCCCUUUCCCAACACUUUUCAGACAUCCUUGGUAUGUCGACCAAGAUCAGUAUCCCGACGGUGUAGCUGAUAUGGCUGGUUACUGGGCUGAGGCAAGAAUUUUGGGGGGUGUGGUGCUAUUUGACCGACGCUCCUCUGAUGACACACCGGAGGCCGACGAACACGCGAUAUAUCUCCAUCCAAACAGGGGUCUCGUGACUUACCGAAUUUGCCGUCUCCUCGAGGGCCAGAAGCGUGCCCUUCUCGACUUCCUGACCGCGGACAAUCCGGAAGAGUGUCCGCUACCCAUCCUUCCAACAGAUGAAAAUACUCAUCGAGUCGAUCCGGAGGAACCGCUAGGCUUGACAGGCAUCUAUCGCAACAUUUGGGAGCGCAAAGACCUUCCCAUUGAUGGGCCGGAUAGUAGGAACAGAGCUUCGCAAGACUUUCUGAAUUUCCCUACCCGUGCCGAUCAACUGGCGGCAAAAAGACGAUUACGCUUACGCCGGCAGAGAGAGGCUGAGCUUAUGGCUUCAUAUGACCGUGGAGAAGUUGAGGAAAAGCCAGAAACCUUUGACUGA